AUGGAGGAUUCAAGAAAGCUCCUCAGAAGAUCGGUGUACAGUUUUCUUCAGAAUUAUCAGUUCUUCACCUCAAUUGCGGCUGUUCUUGCGUUUCCGUAUGCAAUCUCUGUUCUUCUUUCACAAACUGUUCUUCCUUCUUCUUCUCUUUUUUCCUCUGCUUUUGAUCAUUUCAGGGCUCUGUUUGAUGCUGCUGGGUUCCCCAUAUCUUCAAAAUUCUUCUCAAUUCUCAUUCAGAAGCUCUCUCAAACGGUUGUUUCGUCCAUUUAUUCUCUACCCUUUUCCCUGACUUUCCUUUUGAUUUCAAAAGCCUGUGUAAUUCAAGCUUUGAAUCAGCAGAAACCCAGUUUGGAGCCGUCUUUUUCUUCGAUUAUGUCGCUUUUCAAUCCCCUCCUUGUGACCCAUGUCUGCAAUUCGUUCGUCUUCGUCUCUGUCAAUGCAACAGUGUUUUUCCUGCUGUUUUUCGCCUUCAAUUGCCUCCAGGGAUUUGGGUUCUUCUCCCCCAAUUGGAUCAUGUGGGUAUCAGUUUUUGGGGCUUUUUUGUAUUCAAUAGCGAUUGCUAAAGCCAUCAUAAUCUGUAAUUUGGCAUCGGUGUUGUCGGGGAUGGAGAGGAAAGGAGGAUUCAUGUCGAUUCUUAAGGCUUGGGUUUUGAUUCAGGGGAGAAGCGCGACGGCGCUGUUGGUGGCGCUGCCUUUCAAUAUGGGUAUGGCAGGCAUUGAAGCUCUGUUCCAGUACAGAAUAGUGGGAGGUUACCAUUCAAGGGAGAGAUUGGGAGUUUGGAUGGUGGUGGAAGGAAUGUUUGUGGCGUAUUUGUACUCUGUUUUUGUGGUACUUGACGCCAUUGUUAACACCAUGUUCUUCAAAAGUUACAGAAUGGGUUAUGGAAUGUGUCUGGAAAGGAAGAGGUGUGUUUGUUGUUGGAUGGAUGUUGGUGAGAAGGAGAGUGAAGGUGGGUGGCCUCCAUUGGAAGGGCCUUGA